CACUAAUACCACGUACACACACACACAGCCGCUCUCUCCUGACAGGGAGGGGAGCCGCCGCCGCCUCUGCCCGCCCGCGGCACUCUCUCCGCUCCCAGUCACAGCAUGUGUGUCGGGCCCGCCCGCAGUGACUUUGUAUAACACAGUAAUGGCAGAUAUCUGCGGUCCCCGGCCUCAGGAUAGUAGCUGCCCUGUCCCCCUCUGCCGCUGAGUCCCAGCUCCCCAGCGUGCUGCUGUGUAUAGCAGUCUGUGUGUGUGCGCUGCUGCUGCGUGUGUGUGUGUGUCGGGCCCGCCCGCUCCUGCUGUGAUCGCUGUGUGUGUCGGGCCCGCCCGCUCCUGCAUCGUCCGUCCCUCCCGCUCCUGCCUCCGUCCUCGGUGCUGCUGCUGCCGGUGCUGCUCGGUGCAUCCCGCCGCCGCCACCUUGUGUGAGAGCCGCCGCAGCCGCUGAGCCUGGUAGCGCUGCUGUGAUCUCCCCGCCUCCCUCCUCCUCACGUGUCCCGGCGGCGGUGCAGGAGAGGCAGGCGAGGGAUCCCCUCACAUGACCCGUCUGUUUGUCCCCGUGAUCAGACCAUCCGCCGGCCGGGCCUCCCGCCUCCUCCUCCCCGGGCCGCGCCGGGCCCCGGCCCCGCUGCUGCUGCCGCACCGCCGCCGUCCCCGGAGCCCCGACACAUGGACAUGCUGGACCAGAGCCUGGACUCCGCCACCGCCGUCAGUCACGAUAAAGGACAGGAGACGGAUGAAGUGGUAGAGUUGCAAGAGGGAGAUGAGACCGGCGCGGAUGAGCAUACAGCCGUGGCCAUCGCCACUGUCCAGCAAGCAGCGUUUUCCGACCACAAUAUUCAGUAUCAGUUCCGCACAGAGAACAAUGGAGGACAGGUGACAUACAGGGUUGUCCAGGUGACAGACGGUCAGCUGGACGGACAGGCCGAUGCAACCGGGGCAGUGAGCGUGGUUUCCACUACGGCCUUCACUGGGGCGCCGCAAGCUGUGGCACAGGCGGUCAUCCAGAAUCCUUUCAGCAAUGGCGGUAGUCCUUCGACGGAUGCAGUCAGCGGGGAGGCACGCUUUGCAUACUUCCCGGCUUCCACAGUGGGCGACACAACGGCCGUGUCGGUGCAGACCACAGAUCCAGCACUGACACAAGCAGGAGGACAAUUCUACGUCAUGAUGACCCCACAAGACGUUCUUCCUGCUGGAACACAAAGGACUAUUGCUCCGCGAACCCAUCCUUACUCUCCUAAAAUGGAUGGGAACAGGACCCCCCGCGACGAGAGACGCAGAGCACAACACAAUGAAGUGGAGAGAAGACGAAGAGAUAAAAUUAAUAAUUGGAUCGUCCAGCUGUCCAAAAUCAUUCCAGACUGCAACACGGAAAGCAGCAAAACUGGAGCGGUAGGAGGAGCCGCCCUAUCCAGUCAAAGUAAAGGCGGAAUCCUCUCCAAAGCCUGCGAUUACAUCCGCGAGCUGCGCCAGACCAGCCAGCGCAUGCAGGAAACCUUCAAGGAGGCGGAGCGGCUCCAGAUGGACAACGAGCUGUUGCGUCAGCAGAUAGAAGACCAGAAAAACGAGAACACAGUGCUGCGAGCUCAACUACAGCAGCACGGCAUCGAGAUCGUGGAGGAGACCCAGAGGCAGUAGCUCCGUCACUGCGCUGCUUUCCAAGUGUGGAUUUUUUUUUCCUUGUAGAGAGUAAAGUUGCCACGAAAAAAAACAACCUGAACUUGUAUAUGGACACCCCUCGUUUUACCCUGUACUAUUGCCCCGCUCACCUGCCACAACCCCGCAUCUACCCCAACCUUCCACUCGCUUUACUUUUACUGUGUCAAAGAUCUACUGUGAUCCCUCUGAAGAACUUUGUGGACUGUGGUACAAAAUGAGAGGGCGAGGGCCUGCUCUGGGGGGGUCUUCCUUGCAAACCGAUGAACCCUUUGCUCCCCCCCUGUCGACUAGGAACGUGAACAGCUUUGAAAACUGACCGGCAUCUUCACUGCCAGGGGAGACCUGUAUGCAGGUUGCGAAGGGCUAUCCGAGCAGCGAAGGGGCUAAUUUGUUGCAUUUCUUUUUUUAUUAUUAUUAUAAAUAUAUAAAUAUGAAUAUACUUUAGACUUUUAGCAAUGAAAAGUAGAUAAGACAAACACCUCCCCCCUUUUUUUUUUUUAAAUAUCUAAUUCUCUGGAGUGCAUGAAUCGAUGGAUCUGAUAGGUUGCCACGUUUAGUUUAACCUUUCUGCGUACAGGAGAGUUCUGUAUUAUUAAAAGCUAACCGGGUCUCUGCUGCGCAGAAAGCGCCAGAGAUGCAAAUAA